GUGCGCUGACCUUCCCGUCUCUGCCUGCCAUGGCAGCUUCUUCCAAACCGACAGAAGAAAGUUCGCAUUCACCCAGUCUUCUUGCAUAUGAUGCACCCCCGAAUCACCAGGACUUUGACUCGAUGACAUCUGAUACAAAGUUCACUGCUGAAACUAGAACCGAACUCUACGACUGCGGUCUGAAGAGUCGCAGAUAUGCCCUUGUCGGAGUGGCAUGCUCAAUCAUCUUCAGCUGCUUAUGCAUCGUUGUAGGCAUUGUCACUUUAGCCCAUCACGGAGUCUCCGGAGUAACCUUGAUAAAUAUGUCCCCCGUAUAUUCAUUGGAUCAAUUUGAAGUUGAUAUUGGGUCGCGCACGCAGGUGGAGAUAUUGGCCUUGACACUUAACACAAUCGUCAUGUUAUGCACCGAAUCCAUAGGCUUCGUACACGGCAUCUCAUUGCGCUCUGCGCUAGCCUCCGAGUCUCGGCUUCGUUUCAACACCAAUCUGCGCCUUCUGACCGCAGCUCGUGGAUGGUGUAACCCUAACGGUGUCCUGCUUAAUGGUAUUUCGGCUGUCCUCCUCAUCAUAUCCUACAGUUCAGCCUCGCUCGUCGCAUGUCUCGACCUUCAAAUAACGUCAGGCGCAUUUGAGGGUAUUGCCAUCGCAGGGUUACCUCUCAUCAUUUUGGGCGUCGUGCUCCUCCUCCAGGUGAUGAUCGCAUUGUCAGGGAUGCGGGCCGUCAAAAUAUUGACGUGGAGCUCCUCACCUUUCGAUUUGACCGCCACACUGGUCCACCACACGCAACUGACCCCUGCUACUUUGCGGUGCAUGCGUCCUACGUCUGACCUAGACACAUAUGGUCCAGCGAAGCCAUCAGAGAUGCAGCCCUCUGCAUGGCAUGCUCACCCUAGCAUCCGGAAAGUUGUCAUUUCUCUUUGGGCGAUCGUUGCAGCAUGCGCUGGAUGGGCCGCACUCGUCAUGUACAUCUGGGACAAGUCCCCCAGCCUGAAAGUGUAUUCCCCCCAUGCGCUGACCCUACAAGCGUGGUCGUUCUUCUCUAAUUGGAUGAACAAUCAACUCAAUUUCAUCUUCUAUAACAUGCCGGGUGUCAAUAUUGCGACGUGGAUUCUGCUCUUUGUCAAUGUGGCAGUUAUCCAGGGACCGUUGACACUUGGGCUGCAUUGCUCGGAGCUCAUUGCAAAUGCUAUUCGAGACGAAAGACAGUGGAGAUACGCUACUGGAAGGAAAGGACUUAGAACGGCGACGAACCCGGUGAAGGCGAUUUUCGCUCAUCCAAUAUGUCUCGUCCUUUUCGCCGCAAAGCCUUUCCUGCACUGGAUGUUUGGGCUCUCACUUGUGACAUCUGCCAUAGCCUAUGACGAGAAGCUAAUAGAAUUGUCGGUAAUCAUGUGUACUGCCCAGAUCUGGAACUUAUGCAUUGCGCUGUUUAUAUUUUCCUGUUUCUUCACUUUUGUCGCACUGCGCCGACCGCGUGGUCCCCAGCCAGCUGCAUAUGGCCACGUCCAGACGCUCGCCAACCUCGUGGACGAGUGGUCGCCUGUGAUGUGGUGGGGACACAAGGAGGAUGGAAUUCCGUACUGUCAUGCUGGGACAAGUGAUCACCCGCUGCCGGAUGUGAAGAUGGACUGCGUUUAUGCUGGUUCCGGUGCUGGGUCUCUGGUACCCCUCUCGUGAGAGGUACUUGCUUUGCUUUAUAAA